AGGGCUGGUUUGUUCGAGUAACAAACUCAUAUGCCAUACCUUAGCACAACCCUACCCAAUCCCCGUCGUUUGCGAUAAACCAGCGACGCCACUCCCCACUACCCUUCACCAUCUCCAUCACCUCCCUGCCGGCCGCCCCUUCCACUGUCUCCUUCCUCUCUCGUACUAAUCGAUAAAACUCUUUUGCUUAGACAAAACAAAAUCAAAGCGAAACCUAACCAAACCUCUCUGCCCCCUAUUUGUUCAUCUGUUUCACCCCUCUUCUCAUUUCAAUUCUCUUUUAUCCCUUCCCAAAAAGGUUCAUUUCCGGCAAACGUUCAUUCAAGGGUUUACUCUUCAUAAACCCUUACAUCUUCAUCGUGGAUACUGGCUUCUUUGGGCGAUUGACCUUUCUUCCAAUAUCUGCAGCGCUUAUCUUCUAUUAAAGAAAUUAUAUUUUCCACAAAGAUGCCCUCACGAAUUGCACAAAUCCGACUCACGAGUUCACACCCUCAAGUCUACGAACCAUGCGAUGACUCAUUCGCUUUGGUGGACGCUCUUUUAGCUGACCGGAAACACCUCUUACACCACCGCCCCUCACUCUGCAUUGAAAUCGGAAGCGGUAGUGGCUAUGUCAUCACUAGUCUCGCUCUCAUCCUCCAAGACCUCAAAACCACUCAUUACUUUGCCACAGACAUCAACCCACACGCGCUAAAAGUAACCCACGAGACCCUCCAAGCCCACGGGGUCCACGCCGAGUUGCUAACCACCAACAUUGCCGCCGGGCUCGACCGGAGACUCGCGGGGAUGGUGGAUGUGAUGGUGGUGAACCCGCCGUACGUGCCGACACCCGAGGCGGAAGUGGGCGGUGAUGGGAUCGCUGCUGCCUGGGCUGGCGGUGAAAAUGGGCGGAGUGUUAUCGAUAAGAUUUUGCCGAUUGCUGAUAAGCUUUUGUCGGAGAAAGGGUGGUUGUAUAUGUUGUUUCUUGCUGCUAAUGAUCCGUUGCAGAUAUGUUUGGGAAUGAGGGAGAAAGGUUUUGCUUCAAAGAUUGUGGUUCAGAGAUCGACUGAAGAGGAAAGUUUACAUGUGAUUAAGUUUUGGAGGGAAUUUGAUGGAAAUGAAGGGGGGUCGUUGGGUAAAAUGGGGUCUCCCAAAGGGUGGGAGUUUUUGGUUUCUCAGUUUUCAAGGUUUUCGUUUCGGAAAUAAGGGUGAUAGUUGUUUUUGUUGAUUGUUAAUGGGUAAAAAGUGAAAGAACCUGUAAGUGGGUGGUGUAUAUUCUUUUGAUAUCUCUUUACUUUGAGUCAAUGAUAUAGUGCUAAUGUUAUUUGCUUUUUGCU